UCGCACUUCUACAACUUCCCAUCACCGAUGAUGCUAUUUCUCAUAGAAACAACUUCACCCCUACAUAGCGUUUGUCAACUACAUAUGUGGGCAAUUUGAGCACAUUAGGCCGCAUCCAUUUCUACCAAACCACUGAAGCCUAACAUAUAUUGAUUAUCUUCAAACACUAAGCCUUUAGGUCUCAAGAUUUGAUUUUAAAAAAGGAAAAAGAAGCGAAAAGAAUUAUAGCCCCAUCGAUCUCUCUGUCCACAAACGGUACAUAACACAUUGACUGGAUCGUCAUCGCAUAACUGCCCAACUCCAUCUAAGCACGUACAUCUGCGCAUGCGGAUUAACUCACUCAUCAAUUGGCACACUGAGGCCUCGCGCCAAUACAUCGGAUACGAUUUUUUAAUCCGAAGCCCACCCAAGUCCCCGCAUUUGCCCUUUAACAUCCUUUACACAUCGUCGUCGUUCGGUGAAACUUAACCUUGGAAACCUUUGAUCCAACAAAUUUUAUAGUUUAACCGCCACCGCUGCCACUCUAUCACCAUCUAUCUCCCAGCCCCAGAUGGCUAUGACUGAGACAUCCCCACUUCCUCCUGGUACUGAUCGUCAAGAACGCACAGGUCGCAGACGACCUUUCUCGACAUGGGUCAAGAAGCUCGCCAACUUCAAGAGCGGCUCGUCCUCUGCCGCCGCCGAGAGCAGCCGACACAAUAGCCAUUCCAAGCGCGAUACCACUCCUAAGGCCACUAAGAAGCGAUCCACCAAGAAUAACAACCCGUACCCGCAAUCUGGCCGCAUCGGCAUCGCCAUCCAACCCACCCAUCAGAGUGACCCGUCCUUCUCCACGUCCCACAGCGCCAGACUGUCGGAUCCUUCGUUAGCUCGAAGAAGCCACUCGUCGACAGGAACAUCCAAUGGCGAGGCCGUACCUCCCACCGCCGGCGGUAUGUCCGCGGCACCCACCGUGUCCACUGACUACGAAGCCGCCCACUCCCUCCACGCUCCUUCGCAUAUGGCAUCAUCCGUAACGGGCACCAGCCGUACCGCGUACGGGGGUGUCGACUCCCGAAAAGGAGGAGACAGCACUUUCUCCUCUCCCGCGCCCUCGGUGCGCUCCUUAACGACGACACUCACGACCAUCCAGUCAUUAGGCCCUAAUGGCGCCGUUAACGGCCCAACCCACACCGGUCACUCCUCCAACCAAGCCAACUCCAAUUACCAGACCGUCCAGUUCACACAGCCCUUCCCCACCAACUCUCCCGCAUCUGCGAUCCCGCCAUACCUAGCACCACACUCGGGGUCAGGCCAUCCUACGACAUACAGUAUGGCCACUGCCAACAAUCUGCUCACAGACAACGCAUCCAUCUUAACCCUCGCGUCGUCCAGCAAGCGCCGGCGCCGGCGAUCUAUGGACACCGACGCCUCGGUGCGUGCGCUUGCGCCUUCCUCCCUCUGGGGCGGCAGCCGCGAGUCGCUUCCGCUCAGCGUACUUAGCGCCAACAUCGACGGCAGCGGCGGCCUUCACCAAUCCACCUCGCGCAUCGCCGCCGGCGAGCGUACAAGCAUAUACUCCACCACAGCAAUGCCCGGCGAGCGGAACAGCCUGUACGCCACUAACACCGGAAACGCUGGGAAGCAGAACAUCACGGGCGACGCGGCUAGCGUGCGCAGUGGGUUCCUAGGCCACGGGCGCGCGGAUAGUAUCAGUGGCAGUGUGGCUGGCGUGAGCAGCCCUCUCGCGUCGCCGCGUGAAGCUGCUGAGAAGGGAGCUGUGGCCGAGGAAAGGGAUGAAGGGGUGGUGAUGGGGAAGGAUAGGGAGUAGGAGGGAGGAGAAUAACAAAGGUCCAUAUGGUACCUGAGGAAAAUGGCUAGUCGCUUAAGGGGAAGAUAGAUCUUCACAAGAGACCAUACUGUCACAGUUUCAAAUUCGUCGACACAGUGUUUCGAGAGUUUAUUUGGAGGUUAGCAGGGUACGAAUAAUGGUUUAAACGUGGCGGCACACCACAUUCCAUAACAAACGGGACGGACUACGGUAAUGGGGGAGGGGGAGGUGUUUCUGUUUUCCAGCUGCUUUUUACAGUUCAGGGGCGGACGACGAACACUCAUCACUUGGCUCGACGGCCGUCACAGGAAGGAUCAAGGCAUGGGAUUGGAGUGGCAAAUUAGAUACCCGUUUACUGAAUUUACUACAAGAUUGCGAUUUUGGGA